UUGGAGUGCACAAACACUUAGCCGGUCAGAAAUCAUUUAUUCAAGUUCAUCAAGAAAUGGUAAGUUGUUUCAAUCGCUCCAAAUACUUUACUUUUACAUAAUUUCUAUCAUUUCUACACAUGAUAUUCAUUUUGUCUUUCAUUUCAGGAGGAAGAGUUGGGGCGUCCAAUUUCAUUAGGUGAAGUGUUUAUGAGAACGCAUACUAGAGCUGAUGGCUCUUUUGUUGAUCAAAAGUCUGAACAAGUGGCUGAGGCAUAUAAGAAGACAGUUGAAGAGAGAUUGGCUGAAGUGGAAGAGGAGGUUCAGGAUGCUUCAGAGAUUUCCUCUGAACAUUCAAUGCAUCCUAGAGAACUCAGCAUUGAUGAAAUGAAUGAUAUCUUCCUUAAGUGUACUCAUAUAGAUGACCAAGGCAACCCUUAUGGCCUUGGAUCACUGGUGGAGACCCUACACAAGGGAAAAAGGAAGGAGAGUUACGCAAGCUCUUCUUCUACAGUGACAGUUGUUGAGCUUCAAGAGCAGCUGCGGCGCAAGAUCUCUGAUCAGGAUGCUGAGAAUGCAAGACGUGAUGAGGAGCACCGGAAGUCUCAAGCUCGGAUCGCAAGCUUGGAGAAGCUCAUCCUUUUCAUGAAAGACAAAGAUCCAGACUUGGCAGCUUUUAUGUCAACCUCUCCACUCCUUGAACCAGAAGUGAUCAUACCACCCACCACUACAACAAACACCCUUCCAGCCACCACAGGAGCUGCAGUCCAACCAGCAGGACACACCACUGGAACCACACCGACCUCUCCUCUAUCCACCGCCUCAAAUGAGGAAACUUGA